AUGUUUCUCAGCAAAUUUUUGAACAUGUUGCUAUUUUUAGUAAUUUUUGUUAUCCCUUCUUUAUAUUCAUUGAACUUCAAUCUCACCAAUAUCAAUCCUUCUUAUGUUAAUCUCUCUAUCAAUGUCACUGGAGACGCCUAUGUAACGAAACAGGGCAUACAAGUUACGCCUAAUGAACGUAACAUUACAUUAAGUAGGAAAACAGGACGCGCCACGUACAUUGAGACACUGCAGUUAUGGGACAAAGCUACAGGGGAAAUGACAGAUUUUACUACACAUUUCUCUUUUGUUAUUGAUUCAAAUGGUAACGAUCGUUUUGCUGAUGGACUUGCCUUUUUCUUAGCUCCUGUUGGUUCGAGUAUUCCAGUUGGUUCGUCUGGCAGUGGCCUUGGUCUUGUUGAUGCUGAGACAGAAAACAUGUCAUCACAUGAGUCAUUUGUUGCUAUAGAGUUCGAUACAUAUGUGAAUAACUGGGACCCCUCAGACAUACAUGUAGGCAUCAAUAUAAAUUCUAUGGAAUCUGUUGCUACAACAAUAUGGAAAAAUGACAUUAAACUUGGGAAGAAAAAUGAUGCUUGGAUUAGUUACAAUGCUAGUUCCAAGGUUCUUGAAGUUGUUUUCACAGGAUUUGAGAAAAAAUAUAAUCGAGACAAACUAAGCUACCCGGUUGAUCUGAGGGAUUAUUUGCCUGAGAAUGUUAGUUUUGGCUUCUCAGCAUCAACUGGACAAUUGUUUCAGAAAAACAAUGUCAAGUCUUGGGAUUUCAAUUCAAGUUUGAGUUUUGAUGCUAUCAAAGUUCCACAACAGCCUAGGGCAAGUCCUCCUAUACAAGCUCAAGAUCCAAGAAAUCAUCCUAUUCAAGGUCAAAAUCCAAAGGAUCCUCCAAUUACUCAUGUUCAAGAACCAAAGGGUCCUCCUCAAGUACUCAGCACCUCGGGAAAAGGAAGUAAGGGACUAGUAGUCGGAUCAAGCAUAGGUUUACCUAUUCUGAUUCUUGGUUUGAUAACUGCCAGUUGCUUUUUGUGGAGGAAAAAGAGGAAAGGAGAUAAGAAAUUAGACCAUGUCUUCAUUGAUCUAGAUAUGGAUGAUGAAUUUGAAAAGGGUACCGGUCCUAAGAAGUUCUCGUAUGGUGAAUUAGCUCGUGCAACAAACAACUUUGCUGAGGGACAGAAGCUUGGAGAAGGGGGAUUUGGUGAUGUUUAUAAAGGUUUAUUGAAGGAAUGUAACUCAUAUGUUGCUGUUAAGAGAGUGUCAAAAGGGUCUAAACAAGGGAUAAAGGAGUAUGCAUCAGAAGUGAAGAUCAUCAGUCGAUUAAGGCAUAGAAAUUUGGUUCAACUUAUCGGUUGGUGUCACGAGAAAGAGAAGCUGCAUCUUGUUUAUGAAUUGAUGCCCAAUGAAAGCCUAGAUAAACAUCUUUUCAAAGAAAAGUCAUUGUUGGUCUGGGAAAUAAGGUGGAAAAUUGCUCAAGCAAUUGCCUCAGCUUUGCUGUAUCUACACGAAGAGUGGGAACAAUGUGUAGUCCAUAGGGACAUAAAAACAAGUAAUGUCAUGUUGGAUUCAAACUUCACCGCUAAAUUAGGUGAUUUUGGGUUGGCUAGGCUUAUUGACCAUGACAAAGGAUCUCAAACAACAAUGUUAGCAGGGACCGUGGGGUAUAUGGCACCGGAAUGUAUCAUGAAUGGAAAAGCUAGCAAGGAGUCAGAUGUAUACAGCUUUGGAAUAGUAGCAUUGGAAAUAGCAAGUGGAAGAAGAUCAAUAAAUAUUAAAGCACCAGAAGAUGAAGUGAGAUUGGUUGAAUGGGUGUGGAGCCUCUAUGGAACGGGAGAACUAGUCGAAGCAACUGAUCCAAGAUUGAAUAAAAUGUUUAAUGAGAAAGAAAUGGAACGUUUAAUGGUCAUCGGUCUAUGGUGUGCUCAUCCAGACAACAAACUCAGGCCAUCAAUAAGGCAAGCAAUCCAUGUUCUAAAUUCUGAAGCCCAAUUACCAAAUCUUCCAUCAAGAAUGCCAGUUGCAACAUAUUCACCCCCUCCAUUGAAUAUGUUUUCGUCUCCAUUUUCAAAUACCUAUGAAGUUAAUAAGCAGGAGCAGACUAUGACUUACACUAUUUCCUCAAGUGUCUAUACUUCGUCAGCUGCUUCAUCGACAAAAUCACUUUUGUAA